UUGUACUACUAGAUCGUUGAGAUUCUACAGUCGUUCGAGGAAACAAAUCACGUCGAAGGCCGUGCACGCGGGCAACGCGGGACGUACGCGGCGCCGGCUGCUGCUGAUGCUUUAAAACGAAAAGCGAACCGACCGUUCCACGUCCUUGCGACACUUUUAGUACGAUUUUCACGCGGCGAACUGUGAUUCAGGGACGGGCAUCGGGCCGAUCUUGCCGAGUAACGUGAUACCUUUUGGUCAUCCAACGAACCGGGUCGUCGACACGGCGGACAUGGGAUCCUUGGUCGUUGGAAUAACUUCGUGAUUGCUUCGCCAGACAAUCGGACGAUGCAAUAUGCAACAGCAUGCACACGAUGCAACGUGCCGCGGCUAACGACCGGCCGGAUCGUUGCUCCAACCAGGAAACGAAACGAACCAGCACGGAAUUGCACGUUUUCUCGCGAUCCUGGCCGCAGAAAGUGUGUCACCCCUUAAAUGGGAAAAGUACAAUGGCCGUUAAUUCAGCGGACGCUUGUUAACGCCGAGCGUUGCAGAUAUCCAACUUGAUGCACUUUUUCGUGAACAUUAAUUAUAGCGAUACAAUUUCAAAUAUUUCUUGUGAUUUUUCAUAUUUCACUUUUCAUUUAGAAUAUUUUUUAUGCUCGCUGCUUUGGAUCGUUUCCAGAUCUAAAGCGCCGGUGAUUUGGAACGAAGCAUACGAUACUCGUAUGCAUGCACGAAUUUCGCGUUGCAUCGCAGUGCAUUCUAAGCGGAAUCGGGAGAGGUGCAGGCGACAGUGCACUUUCUCCUCGGUAAAAGUAAAAGUUUCGUCAGAGCAACCACGAUGACACGGUGUAGCAACGAGUUUAGCGAACUGGAGAACCGUGGCUUUCUAUUAUUGCAAGACCCGUCAACCUGUCCCGUAGCUCUUCAUUAAACCCGUAAAAUCGACCAGGCUUCCUCAAUUAUACUAAAGCGAAUCUGCAUCAGAGAAGCGUUUGUUGAAAGAUAAAUAGCUCAGGAACAAUUGUCUUUUAGUUUGCACAGAUAUCUCUAUACACUGGACAGAUAAUGAAAAAUCUGCCACCAAUAUUCUAAAGAGAACGAUGAUGAUGUUCCAAGAAAUCUACGGACAAAGGAGCACGCGUUGGACCUGAUAGCGCAGAUACAUCGGUCAGCAGCGAAUUAAAGGAACACGCUGUCUACUCGUCACUGAUGAUGCACUCUGUACGAUGUUACAACCGAGUCGCACACGGCGCCGGGGAAAGUAAAUGGCGAAUAAAUUCUACCCCCCCUAUGGAUGGAUACGAGAAACGAGACAGGUCGAUACAAUAGAUGCACCGUCAAUACAUGCACAUACCAAAUACCUAUGCAGAUUUCUCAUUGCUAUCCUUCGUUACCAGGGAAACUUAAUUUCGUCCUAUCAUAUCUUCGUCCUAUCUGUAUGCCCUACACGUGUUCUUGACAUCGACUGGUUACAUAUCGCGCCAAUGAUGAAGCCGGAAGAAGAUGAUGCGAGUUUUGGCAACGAGCCAAAAAAAAGUUCCGUCGACGCAACUUUCAUUGCAACGAUGUCGACGUAAAACGAUCUUUCUAAAUGCCAUCGGCCUUGUCCUUGACAUCGACCGCAGCGUCCCGACGCUACGCAGCCCAUGAUUGCAUCAGAAUGUUCGGUGCAAGGAAUACACUUGGGAAGUAUGCCGUUAACGGUUGAAGCGAAGAAGCGGGGCAAAGAGUGAUAUAAUGUU